AUGAAGAGAAGCACCUUCCUCAUCCUCUCCAUCACAGGCGUCUACAGCGCUGUUCUCCAUGCAGUGGCAUGGUCUGUGAAUAACUUUCUGAUGACAGGACCUAAGGCUUACCUGACAUACUCCAGCAGCGUGGCAGCCGGGGCGCACAGUGGGAUGGAGGAGUGCAAGUUCCAGUUUGGGUGGGAGCGCUGGAACUGCCCCGAGAGCGCCCUGCAGCUCUCCACCCACAACCGGCUCCGCAGCGCUACCCGGGAAACAUCCUUCGUACACGCCAUCAGCUCGGCUGGCGUCAUGUACACCCUCACCAGGAACUGCAGCAUGGGCGACUUUGAGAGCUGCGGCUGCGAUGACUCCAGGAACGGCCGCGUUGGUGGCCGAGGCUGGGUCUGGGGAGGAUGCAGCGACAAUGUGGACUUUGGGGAGAGGAUUUCCAAGCUCUUUGUGGAUGCUCUGGAAACAGGACACGACACCCGCGCGCUGAUUAACCUGCACAACAAUGAAGUCGGGAGACUUGCCGUGAAAGCCACAAUGAAGCGAACCUGCAAGUGCCACGGGGUGUCGGGCAGCUGCAGCAUCCAGACCUGCUGGCUCCAGCUGGCUGAGUUUCGUGAGAUCGGGAACUAUCUGAAGAUAAAAUAUGACCAAGCCCACAAGCUGGAGAUGGACAAGAGGCGGAUGAGAGCCGGCAACAGCGCCGACAGCCGCGGGGCCACGGCGGAGACCUUCCACCACGUCCACGCAACGGAGCUCGUCUUCCUGGAGGACUCUCCCGACUACUGCACAAGAAACGCCAGCCUGGGCCACCAUGGCACCGAGGGCCGUGAGUGCCUGCAGACCGGCAAGAACCUCUCGCAGUGGGAGAAGAGGAGCUGCCGGCGGCUGUGCACUGAGUGCGGGCUGCGUGUGGAGGAGAGGAGAACAGAGGUGGUGGCCAGCUGCAACUGCAAGUUCCACUGGUGCUGCACCGUGCGGUGCGAGCAGUGCCGGCAGCUGGUGGCCAAGCACUUCUGCGUCCGCCGCGACACCGCCGGCCCCCCCAACCACACCAAGCGGAGGAACAAGGGCCACAAGAGAUAG